AUGCUGCUGUGGCUGACCCUCGCCCUCCUGUGGAGCAGCACCUGCUGGGCAGGACAGACCUAUGGACCCGGAGGAGGCUGGUAUUUCAGUACCUCCAAAGACAAUGCAAAUGAAAUAACUGGGAUUCGAGUGUGUAUAGGUGCUGUGGGCAUAGUUAAGAGCAUCCAGGUGAGGUAUGGCUCCUCCUGGAGUGAACGCUAUGGAGUUGCAGGUGGGACGUGCCAGGAAUUUCUCCUGCAGCCAGGCGAACACAUUACAGCAGUCUACGGCUCCUACAGGCUUUUCCUCCGGUACUUGCUGAUUUACACUGACCAAAAUAACUGGACUGUAUUUGGAGAGAAUGGUGGCAGGAACUUUUUUGCCUUACCUGAUGGGAGUGAGAAGGUGCUCACUGGAAUCUUUGGGCAGUAUAAGUUGCUGGGCAUCUCCAGCAUAGGCUUUGAGUGGGAUUAUCCUCUAGUAGAGGUGACCACUGUUCAACCAUUUAGUGCCUCAACCUGAGGAAAUUGGUCACUCUUUGUCUGCAGGGCUGGGUUGUGGGUUACCCUGUGAUGCUGU